UACUCCAAAGGAUCGCAUCCAAACUCUGAAAAGGUGGAAAAAAUCCUCGAGAAUAUCACCGAAGGGUACGCUACCAUAUAUAAUUCUGGCACCUCUGCCAUCAUGGGAAUUCUCUCCUAUCUGAAUCCGCCUAUGAUCUGCAUCAAUAAUUCAGGAUACCAAGGAACGCAUCGAGUUAUCAAACUGCUUUCCAAGCUCACAGGACUCCAAAAAUUGACGCUUGAAGAAACAGAGCGACUUCAACCUAAAUCCGUUAUUCUUAUCGAGACGCCCAUGAACCCUGAAGGCUAUGUAUUAGAUAUCGCGAAGUUUGCGAGACUUGCUCACGAAAAACAAUCAUAUCUCAUAGUGGACUCCACUCUUGCUCCACCUCCGCUACAGUUCCCAUUCAAGUACGGUGCGGACUACGUUGUGUAUUCUGCGGUGAAAUACUUGGCUGGAGUAUCUGAUCUGGGAGCAGGUUUUGUAGUGAGCAAGAAAAAAACAGAUAAAGCAAAUCUCCACAGCGAAAGACACUCUCUCGGGACUACAAUUGCCAACUUUGACUCCUUCCUGCUACUGAGGUCGUUAAGAACGUAUAAAAUGAGAAUGCUAACCCAGUGUCAAAACACUGAAAGAAUAGUCACCUAUCUCAGAGAAAGCAUGGACAAGUAUAGUAUGGUGAUCAAUAAACUGCAUCAUUCUUCUCUUCAGCUGGAUCCCUUUGUCAAACAACAACUGAAUGGAUUCUACAACCCUGUGCUGGCCAUUGAGUUUAAAAGCGAAGAACUGGCAGAUAUCAUUCUCACAAAAUUCAAUUUUCUGAGUAACAACCCAAACAUCGAGGGAGGUGAAACCGUGGUCGAGCUAGCAUCCAAAAACCUAAACUUCGCCCGCCCAUCGACAAAUAGCAAUCUUCUGAGGAUCAGUGUUGGCUGCGAAGACUAUGAAGACCUCAUCAAAGACAUUGACCAAGCUUUGAUGAGUGUCAUUGAU